AAGUUUGACCUUGCGAAGGCUCCCAGUCUUCGCGCCAGCACCAUUUCUUAUUCCGAUGACACAUUUUAUACGUUAAGGUUACUGCAAGAGCAACACGAUUUUGGUUACGAGGAUUUAUGCGGCGAUUCCUUUUGGUUCUCUUCUUCUACCUUCCCUUUCAGCGAUUCAGGGAAUAUAAGCCACGAAUGGACUGCGACUCCGUUCGACGACACUAUCGAGCCUUCACUUCUCCAACUACCACUUUUAGACCACAGAAGCGCUUCCAGUCAUCCCCAACUGGAUUCAAAUGCACCCAGUGAUGGUACGCCACUAGACCCAACAAGCACGCCAGGACAUAAUGGAGAAAUCAGUUCGCCGGCAACUUCGAUGUCGGCGCCAACAGAAGCACCUGACGAAUUGACUCCUGCGUCAGACACAACACAAGACUGCGACCCUGUAUUCACCUGUCCUCACUGCAAAAAAAAGUUCAGAAACUUCGCUCAGCAAAACAAGCACACGAGACGCCACGACCGACGGCACCGCUGCUCGCACGGCGGGUGCGAGAAGAGGUUUCGGGACGGGACAGAUUUGCAACGACACUUGAAGAACGUGCAUGAGGUCUCUGUUCAAGACAUCCCUUGUCUCAUCACCGGGUGCACAAGGACUUUCAAGGGCAGGAGGGAUAACAUGUACAAACAUAUACGGCGCAACCACCCCAAACAUGUGGACUUGAUUAGUCGGGAUGCUACUCACUGA